UUCUAAUUCUAUCCACUGUGAAAUCAAUCCAGAAGAAACCCAUCCUCUAUAAAUAAACCCUAAAUUCACCGUUUAAAGCUUUCUCUUCUCCCUAUCCACUACCUAUCUUCAAUAAUCAAUUGCAUCUUCAUACCUUCUCACACGCACGCUCAUGAUUUCUUUUACUCAGGUCCUAUUGAGUAAAUGAUCCGGUGCUUAGGGUCAAGACAAUGGUGUUGGUAACCCAUCAGUUGCAGGGUUCAUAUGUAGCAUUUCCCACAAAGCGUUUAUCAUGGAGCAAAGGGUUAAUAUUGAGGCGACAUGUAACAACAGUUCACAUGGUUGGGAAAACAGAGAGAGGUUCAUCAUUAAAAUGUAAUUUUUCUUUAAGUAUAGGGGCUCCUCGUGUUUGUGGAGUGAAGGUCAAACCUGUAAAAAUUUCUGCUUUUAAAGGCAGUGCCCAAAAUGAUGAAUCAGGAGGAAGAACAAGUGGAUCAAAGAUUUCCAAAAAUUCUGUUAAACUUUCUUAUAUUCCGAAAGAGAGUGAGGAAACCGUAGCAGAAUCUUCAAAGGCACAUAAUGGUCCACUGCCAUAUGCCUCCGAAACGAAAGAGACUAUUGCAGGGUCCCCUGCGAUUCAGAGACUAUUCAAGAAAUGGUUGACAAUGUUGCAGACACAAUCUCCGUGUCAAGAGGCAGAUGAGGUUUUGGGAGAGAGUAUAGGGGCUCCUCGUGUUUGUGGAGUGAAGGUCAAAACUGUAAAAAUUUCUGCCUUUAAAGGCAAUGCCCAAAAUGAUGAAUCAGGAGGGAGAACAAGUGGAUCAAAGAUUUCCAAAAAUUCUGUUAAACUUUCUUAUAUUCCGAAAGAGAGUGAGGAAACCGUAGCAGAAUCUUCAAAGGCACAUAAUGGUCCACUGCCAUAUGCCUCCGAAACGAAAGAGACUAUUGCAGGGUCCCCUGCUAUUCAGAGACUAUUCAAGAAAUGGUUGACAAUGUUGCAGACACAAUCUCCGUGUCAAGAGGCAGAUGAGGUUUUGGGAGAGAGGCCGCCUCCCAAGGAGUUAUCUGAAACUAAUAUUGAGACGUGGAACAUGGGAAGAAGUGAGACUCUAAAGGCAGUUUGGGGCCACUUUUGGGAUCUGGAUGCAACAGUAAAGAUACCCUUACUGAUAUUUGUCCCUUGGUAUCUGGCAGUUAAUGUUGUUUAUGGGGCUCAAGUUUCAAAGGAGUUGAUUCCUUUAUGGGUGUUUGGGCCCAUAAUUGUUGCUCUCUACAUCAAGAUGAUUCGAUGGUUGUUUGCACUUUAUGUCUACUGCUUCAAGCAAACAGUCAAAGUAGUUAAGAAUUUGCCAACGUACUUCGCAGUGGCCUCCAAAUAUAUUGCCCAGGGGAAGCUUAAGGAAGAUUUUCGAGCUCGUGUCUGGCAACCUGUGGUGGACUUUAAGAACUCGGAUUUUGAAGAGCUGACUAGAAAAAAUCUGAAAGUAUUUCAAGAAUGGAUGGUGGAGAAGUACCUGGAUUUUGUGGAAUCAAUAUGGCCCUUGUAUUGUAGAACCAUUAGGUUUCUAAAGAGGGCUAAUCUGAUAUAGAAUUGAUUUGAGUUGAGAAAAAGUCUUUUAGCGGAGUAGUAAAGAUUGAAACUAGAGUUUUCUCCCUGAAAAUGUUCCCAUCCCAUCCCAAGUUGAAAAUUUUGAAAGAGAGCUGCCAAUCCCCAUUUUAGAAGGGGGAAGUGGGAGGUUUGUGGGUCUUUUAAAUUACAGAUGGCAAGUCAUGAUUAGGAAACAGAAGUUGUCCAAUUUGUGUAAUUUUUUGUAAGGCGAUGUUUGAUUAUUCUUGCUUUGAGGAGCGCACUAUAUGUUUCUUUUCCUCUUCAGUUGUAACUGAGGUUCUAUACUUAUAAUGAAGGUUUAUUCAAUUCACACUUAGUUACUUUAGUUUUAAUGGCUUAAUGCAAAUGAUGCUAGAAGGUAGAACAAACAUUCUC